GUUGUUCGGGCGACUUGGUCACUUUUUCAAUUUAGAUUUGUCUUAUCUCCAACACCAAGAAUCUUCUGCUUGAAAAAGAUUAGAAAACAUAGUUUUUCGACCUUUGAAAAAUCCCCAAAAUGGCAUACAAUUUCAAAUUAAUGUCUGCAAUGAAGGGAACAACAAUGAUUGAAAUUCAAAGGAAGAGUUUUUCCAGCUCUGUGACUGCCUUGAAUCGCAGGAGAGUCGUCGUUACUGGCGUUGGUGUGGUGUGCCCCCUAGGAGUUGGUAUUGAUGUGGUGUGGCCUCGGAUUCUUAGAGGCAAGAGUGGAAUCACCAAGAUCACAGGGGAUCAGUUCAAAGGCAUCCCUUGCCAAGUUGCUGGUUUUGUUCCAAAAGGCACUGGGGAAGGUGAAUUUGAUGCACUCCGAUAUGUUUCAUCAUCAGACCUUCGUAGCAUGAGUCAGGCAACCAUCUUUUCUCUUGCUGCUGCACAGGAAGCCCUUGCACAAGCAGGAUGGAAACCGGAGAGUGACGAAGAGAAGAACAAAACGGGUGUGGCCAUAGGGAUGGGCAUGGCAGAUUUACAAGAGAUUGUGGAUACCGGUCAGACUCUAAAAGAUAAGGGCUACAAGAAGAUUAGUCCAUAUUUUGUUCCAAAGAUUCUUCCAAAUCUUGCCGCUGGUCACAUCAGCAUUAAACACAAACUGAGAGGUCCAAACCACUGUGUUUCUACGGCUUGUACUACAGGGGUUCACGCACUGGGGGACGCAUCAAGGUUUAUACGUUAUGGAGAUGCCGACGUCAUGGUAGCCGGUGCAACGGAGGCAUGUAUAUGUCCUGUGGGAUUGGCUGGUUUUGCUCGAGCGAGGGCGCUAAGCACAAAGUUCAACGAUUCACCUGAGAAAGCAUCAAGACCAUUUGACAAGGAGAGGGAUGGCUUUGUGAUGUCCGAAGGGGCUGCUGUAGUAGUUCUCGAAGAAAUGGAGCAUGCGAAGUCAAGAGAUGCUACAAUCCUGGCUGAAAUCCUUGGUUAUGGUCUCUCAGGUGAUGCAAGUCACAUGACAUCACCGAGUGAGAAUGGUGUUGGGGCUGAGCUGUGCAUGACGAGUGCCCUGCGUGAUGCUCAGAUGAGUCUGAAGGAUGUUACGUACAUCAACGCACACGCCACAUCUACACCAACAGGAGAUGCCAUUGAGAACAUGGCAGUAAAGAAGCUCUUUGGUUGCCAUAGUGACCAUCUUCCAGCGGUAUCCUCCACGAAGGGAGCAACAGGUCAUCUGCAAGGAGCAGCUGGAGCAAUAGAAGCUGUCUUUACCAUCAUGGCAUGUCAUACGGCACAACUCCCACCAACGAUCAACCUAACUUCAACGACCCCAGAGUUUGAUCUUAACUAUGUCCCCCUGACCUCACAACCUUGGGAAACGACACGUGACGGGUCAACACGACGGGUCGCCCUGACCAACUCAUUUGGGUUCGGUGGUACCAACGCCUGCCUGUGUAUAGGAAGUGUAUCGUGAAAGGAGAUAUGUGAUCAUCCACUUCAAAACCUGAACUAUUGGGGCGUAAAAGAAACUUAAUGUUUGAUUAAAAGUCAAGAUUGGGUGUCGUAAGAAAGAUGAGUUGAAGCUGAACACAAAACAAUUACAAAUUUGAACGUAAUCAAUUUGAGACUUAUGCUUGAUUGGAAUUAAACAAAACUUUCUUGCGAUGCCUCUUACAUGCAAGUGCACAAGCAAGGUUCUCUGUAAAUGGGCAUAUUAGUCAUUUUGAGCUUCAAAUUCAGAAUUUAGACGACUAACUUUUGUGGAAAAACAAGUCUUUUUAUUUCUGGAAUCUAAAUAAUAAUAUAUGUAGCUGAGAACCUUGGCACCAAUAGGUAGAUAAGCUGUAAAUGGGGAAAUGUGCAAUGGAGAGGAAAAUUGAUGAGGCGUCCAAUGCUAUAGGAGUCCACUGGGACAGCGCCAGUUUGUGUAAUGCGAAGCGGCUGUGGAGCCUACAUGUAGUGUUACCCAGCCAGAAGGUGCCUAGUUGCAUGCAGUUGCUCAAAAUGGCUCCUAACAGCGACAAAAUUUCACAAAAAAUAAAUUUGGCGUGACAAAAAUUUCAAACAUCUCGUUGAAUUUUUGGCACCACCAGUUGGGGGGGGGGGCAGUUACAUGUAGAGCCACUGCACGUCACUACGCGCCACAGCUGCUUUGAAUUGGUGCGAAUUGGCCCGAGCCCAUUGGACUCCGAGCAUAACGUGUCAAACUACUUGACCGUCCAUCAUCACUCUUGUGGAUGGCUCACUAACUUGUGAUGUUUGAACACGUCGACAACAACACAGCUCUUUCCAGGACCAACAUAAACUCAAGAAGAAACAACACUAAGUUCAGUCAAUUAACUCAUAAUACAAUUGCAGGAUGUUAAAUCAUUAUCAUUAAACCAUUAUAAUUGAAGUUUUCAUGAUUUAUAUGGUUAUAUUCACAGUUUGGCUAAUUAUGUAUCACAUGAUUAUUUUUAUAAAAAUACACUAUUGGUCUGUUUGUAUACAUCGUUACUCAAUCUUUUUUAAGAAUUGCAAAAAGCAUACUACAAUAUACUUGUUUAAUAAAACAUCAAUAUAUCAUUUUGAUAAAUAUUUAAUAAUUACACAUUAUUGGUUUAUUUAGUAUUCUCUGUUUGCUGGUGUUUGUAAGCCAAUAACUAGGCUUUGGUAGAGUUACCUAUAAAUCUCUCGUGUGUACAUGUUAGUGGUGCUUUUCAGGAUUCUAAUAUUGAUAUUCAUAUUAUCAUUAAACAAAAUUCUUAUACAGAGACUAUUGGAGCAGUUGGUCAUGAAUAAAAAAUGACGAAUGCAAAAAAAUUAUUUACUGUGUACAUUAAAAUUUGCAUUUUGAAAAUAAAUUAACCCUUUCUAAAACAAGGCAC